UGACGUCAUAAACAUUUUAAGCAUAUAAAUAAGUCCAAAUGUCGAAAUAGAGUGAAAAGAAAAGAAAAGAGUAGUGAAUCUCUUCAAUUAUUCUCCUCCUUCUUCAUCCCUCCUUUCAAACCCUCCUUGUUACACUGAUCACCUAGGGUUUAAUCCAGCUUCUUCAUCUGCUUACUCGGAUACGAUAUGGAGGGAUCAAGACACCACGGGAGUAGCGUGGACAUGAUUUUACGAAACUACAAGCUCGGGAAAACACUCGGUAUCGGUUCUUUCGGAAAGGUGAAAGUCGCAGAGCAUGCUCUAACGGGUCACAAAGUCGCUAUAAAGAUCCUUAACCGUCGCAAGAUAAAAAACAUGGACAUGGAUGAGAAAGUUAGAAGGGAGAUCAAGAUACUAAGAUUGUUUAUGCAUCCACAUAUUAUCCGUCUUUACGAGGUUAUAGAGACAGCAUCGGAUAUAUAUGUCGUGAUGGAAUACGUGAAGUCCGGUGAGCUGUUUGAUUACAUUGUUGAGAAAGGCAGGUUGCAGGAAGACGAGGGUCGUAAUUUCUUUCAGCAGAUAAUUUCUGGUGUGGAGUACUGCCACCGGAACAUGGUGGCUCAUAGAGAUCUUAAACCGGAGAACCUGCUGUUGGAUUCUAAGUGCAACGUUAAAAUUGCGGAUUUCGGUCUAAGCAAUAUCAUGCGUGACGGUCAUUUUCUCAAAACAAGUUGUGGAAGUCCAAAUUACGCUGCCCCUGAGGUUAUAUCUGGCAAGCUGUAUGCGGGACCCGAGGUUGACGUGUGGAGCUGCGGUGUUAUUUUGUACGCUCUUCUCUGCGGGACGCUUCCUUUUGACGAUGAAAAUAUUCCAAACCUCUUCAAGAAGAUUAAGGGUGGGAUAUACACACUUCCUAGCCACUUAUCACCCGGUGCAAGAGAUCUAAUCCCGAGGAUGCUUGUGGUGGACCCCAUGAAACGAAUAACGAUUCCCGAAAUUCGUGUGCACCCCUGGUUUCAGGCUCAUCUUCCUCGCUAUCUAGCUGUUCCUCCACCGGAUUCUAUGCAGCAAGCAAAAAAGACUGAUGAAGAUAUACUUUUAGAGGUGGUUAAAAUGGGGUUUGACAGAGACGCACUCUUGGAGUCGCUUCGUAACCGAGUGCAAAAUGAUGGUACUGUGGCAUAUUAUUUGCUAUUGGACAACAGAUUUCGUAACUCAAGUGGCUAUCUCGGAGCUGAAUUCCAGAAACCUCUGGAUGGAUUUAACCGAAACGAGGUUGGUGCUUCAAUGAUGCCACAACGCUCAGCGGCUUAUAUGGAUUAUCAAGGGAUAAAUUUUAGAAACCAAGUCGAGAGAAAAUGGGCUCUCGGGCUUCAGUCUAGAGCACAUCCCCGUGAGAUAAUGACCGAAGUUCUUAAAGCUUUGCAAGAACUGAACGUGUGCUGGAAAAAGAUAGGCCACUACAACAUGAAAUGCAGGUGGGCCCCUGGCAACAACUCUAUGCAAAGUAAUCCUUACUUUGGAGAUGAGUCGAGUAUUGUAGAGACCGACGGUGCUUUGACCACUCCCAAUGUGGUCAAAUUUGAAGUCCAGCUUUACAAAACCCGCGAGGACAAGUAUCUGCUGGAUCUACAGAGGAUUCAAGGACCACAGUUUUUGUUUUUGGACCUCUGUGCGGCGUUUCUUGCUCAGCUUCGUGUCCUGUAGAGCGAGUGAGCGGUUAAUAUAGCAUCAUCAUCAUCAUGAUCGUGAUUAUCAUAGUAUGAUGAACAGCUUUCUCCCUGAAUUCAAACGGUGAUGAAAAGCUAGGCUGUUGUAAAUACUAAGUUUACUUGUUUCUGUUAUUAGGGUACUGUACUAUGCUCCGUCUGUACUGUUGAGAGCCGAUGUUUUUGCCGACUCAUUAUGAGUCUGGGCCUGCCUCACUUGUUUAUUAAUAGUUACUUCACUUCGCGACUUUUUCUAAAAGUAUUAUAAUGCAUGAUGGUGGUGAUGAUAA